UUUGUACAGAAUGGACUUGGUCCAUGGGAGUUUUGUGGGCGACUGUGAUGUUGGAUACGGGAUCGGCUGCUGCGACGAUUUUGUCUCUAAAGUCUGUGUGCAAGGACACUAUCUUGCCUAGCUCACUCAUCCCCUGAGUGUCGCCAUGUUAAAGAUGGGUUAUGUUGCGUCAUAAUGCAGAUUAACGUUCAACGUGUUCCUGGCUAUAGGAGGGCGACAGUACAGGUGCACGCAAGAAGGGUCGAGCUGUCUGGAGCCAUUGUUGUCGUGUGAAAGGAGCCAAACGACAAUGUUUUGGCACUGCUUUGGUGUACAUACUACAGAACGAGGAAAUCUAUCUGUUUAACAACUGAUCAAGAGGUAUGGCUGAUUCAAUUUCUGAAUGAAGCGUCAGUGUUCGGCGUCUGUUUUGCGAAGAUAUCUGCACCAAUGGUUCCACUGUUAGUCACUAGUAUAUUGCUAGUUACUGUGGCUGCAUCUCAGUCUGCUGAAGCUUGCCCUCUAGUCUGCAGAUGCUUUCGAAGUGGCCGAGGGCAGCAAGUGUUCUGUAGGGGCGGAGAACUUGCAUCCAUCUUUGCCACCUUCCUCACAAUGCUGUCAUCCUGGUUUUGGACAAUCUGCCCACCAUUCAGUCAGUUGGCCCUGCAAAUUUGACUUGGAAUCAGAGCAUGCCAGUCCCUGUUACCAGAAUGUCCCUCACAGAAAGUUCUCUGCAGGAGGUAGAAGGGUCAGCUUUUGAGGCCUUCACCACUCUUCAGGACCUUGACCUCAGCCAAAACAAACUACACAGAAUUGAUGCUGAGGCAUUUUUAGGACUGAGCAGUUUGAGGACUCUGAACCUGUCUCGAAACAGAAUCAGUGACAUUGGCAUGCUUUUGAAACCUCUUGUGAGCCUUCAGCAGCUUGAUUUGAGUUACAAUGCUAUUAUGGAACUACAACCAGACACUUUCAGUUCUCAGACCAGCCUCAGUUAUCUGCGCUUGGAUGGUAACCAGUUGCUCAGUCUUGAGGGCAUGCCAUUACAACCUCUGACAUUCCUCACUCACCUUAGUUGCAGAGCCUGCAGUCUUUCUUCUGUUAAGUAUGACUUAUUUGCUGCCAUCCCACGUGUGAAUCAUCUUGAUCUAGGAGAAAAUCAUUUGACACAGUUGCCCAGUUUUGUGCAACUUAGUGACAUGAAAUAUCUGAAAUAUUUGUUCCUGGACAACAAUAGCAUCACAACCUUGCUUGACAGUCAGUUUGCAGAUCUUACUUUGACUUUUCUUGGGCUCUCUGGAAAUCUUAUCAGCGAAAUCCCAUCUAAAGCAUUUGAAGGUUUGUCAUUGGAGCAGCUAGACCUGUCUCAAAACAGGCUUGCAAAAGUCACUAACUCGUUGUUUUUUGUGGGUCCUAAGGGCCUUAUGAGCCUGAACUUGGCUCACAACCCUAUACAGGAAUUUGAACCACUUGGAUUUCAAGGCCUGCACUCUUUGGAAACACUCAACUUGUCAUCGUGUUCCCUCACUACUCUCAACCCAGGGCUUCUUCAUGAACUUCACAAUCUUCGCAAGCUUGACAUCUCCUGGAAUAAUCUGCAGUCUGUUUCAGAAGACGACAUUGCUAUAUUUGACCGACUUGUAAUUGUCAACCUUUCUAAAAAUAACUGGAACUGUGACUGCAGUAUCAAAAGUUUGAGAGACUGGUUGAGGGGCAAACGAUCUCUCUAUAAACUGUACUGUGCUCCUGGUCGUCGUACGAAAGACUGUGCAGAGCCCUUAUGUUCUACCCCAGAAAGUUUUAGCGAACAACCCAUCUCACUUUUAGAGGACUCAGAAAUACAGGAGUGUACUGUCCUGUCUGCACCAACAGCUCCUUUGCCUACUGCAGCACAAGCGGGCAUUGUUGUGGCAUGUCUUUUUUUCUCUCUUGGCAUGCUUGUGUUAACUGUGUACCUCUGGCGGCGAGGACAUACAAGGAAGAAACUUGUUCGUGUUAUAAGCAAGCGUAGAUCAAGGAAAACGAAUGAAAGUCGACUUGAUGAUGAAGAGAAUGAAAAAAUUUCACCAUUUCAGGACUGUGACAAUAAGUCUCUAAAGGAAUCACACCGUAGUUUUGUGUUCAAUCAUUAUUUUGAAAAGAUGGUAACAGAUCCAAAGUUGCUUUCAAGAACUUCUUCAUCUCAGCCCCCUUCAGAGGGUCAGGCUCAAGAAGACAGUAUGUACUCAUCAAAUCCUUCACUGUAUGAUAGAAGCCACAACAUUGUGGUAGCUAUUGAGUCCACAGUUUAAGUGAAAUAUUAGAUGUUUGUUAUUUCUGUUUCUAGAAAUGAAGAUAUUCAUAGGCAGCAGCAUCUUCCAUUUUAAAAACUGUUCUACUUGUUUGUUGGUUGUGGAGGACGUGGAUAAUUCUUGCAAGGCAAUUUUACUUGACAGUGGAUUGAUGGAAGUACUUUUAGUUCUAGCAUGUAAAAUUGAAGGUAGAAGAAGUAAUGAAACCAGGUGCAAGGUGACUGAUGAAAGAUAAUUUCAUAAGCUAUUUCAAACACAUAUGUAUUUGUGCAUAUCUAAACAAAGGUACAUGACCAUACAAAAUGCAUACGGUAUAAACUCGUGUGUGUAAAUACUCAAACAUAUAUAUAAACACAUACACAUUCAUUCAUCAGAGCUGGCAAAAAGGAAAGAUGCUAAAGCUAGAAAGUUUAUUUACAGCUAGGUCUGCUGUUUGCUGUACACACCACAGGCAUCACAAAAUCAUUCCUUUCAUCAGUGUGUCAGCAGGCCAUGCCAAUGCUCUUAGUUUGGUCACAUGGGCACUCUGAGGACUUUCCAUUGUAGAUCUUGAUGUACGAAAUAGGAGUAACCCAUCCUCAGUCUCACAAUGGUAAACUCAUUUUCUCUUUCUAGCCUGUCAAGUGGGCCUUGGCUACUGUAACUGGAAUACUGUUGGAGCCAUCUUUUCUGUUGCUUGGUUUUAAUUAAGUUUUGGUUUCAACAAAGCUGACAUGGUGGUGGUCUCAUGGGCCAGUCUUCUUCCCUCCUUUGCCAGUCUGUCAGCAGCCUCAUUGCCAGGGAGAAUAAUAAUAAUAAUAAUUAAGAUUUAUAUAGCAUUUUUCCAAUGAUUUUCUCAGAGCACUUUACAGGAAUGAUCUACAGAAGUAAACUGAAUCACCAAGAACCAUGUACCCAUAUUCGCAGAUAACAGACACACUUCUACAGCAGACAUUUGCUCAUACACACAGACACACGUUAUGUAUGCUCGUGGUCAGGAUAGGGUCACAGUGAAGUCGUUCUGAAAAGAUGCAUCUUAAGUAGACUUAAAGAGGGUAAGAGAAUCGGUCUCAUGAAGGCUGACUAGGUAAUCCAUUCCAAGUUGAUGGGGCUUGGUAGGAGAAAGGCAUAUUGCAGUGAGAGGGAAUCCUUUGUAAGACUGCUCUGUGGAUUGUUGCAGACUGCUUGGGGCUGACGUAAGGGUAUUCAGUUCCUUGCUCUAACUGUUUGAGAGGGCUACCAAAAUUGAUAACUUUGCUGUGAAGCUUUUCUAUGCUGUCACAAAGCAUUUGAGCUGCAGUCCACAGAGCCUCAGCUUCAGUUUUAUAAUUUGUGGAGUGCUUGGCUGUUGGGAUUGCAUUCUAGACUGUCUCCCUUUCCCACAAGUGGAUCGUGACCUUAUCUCUUUCAUCUCUGGCUGCCUCUUCAGCUGAUACUGUAAUAUGUCAUAUGCACACUUACUCCUGAUGAAUUACAAACACACAACACUUUGAUGAGCUCCUUCAGAUGAAGGUGAAGGAAAGUGGAGACUGUUGAUCUUCAGCUGUAGGUAAGAUGAACAAUGGAGACAUUUGACCUUCAGCUGAAGUCACAACAAUGGAGAGUGAAGACAGUUGAUGUUGAACAGCAGUCAAAAAUGGUGAAAGUCCAGAGAAAGUACACUGUUUAAGAAACUGCAUGAAGAUGUCAACACAUAACUUGUCCAUUGGAUGAUAGAACCUAAUGUUAUUCUUUGUUAUUCACAGUUUUCGACCAGUCCUCUUUUUGAGGCCCAGGCAGACAUGUUCAGCUGCCUCUCCAUGAUGUCUAUUUUUCUUGAAAAUGACAUCAAAAUGAUGCUCACAAAGAUGUAAGAUGCAUGACACCACUCAUACAUGAAACAGUGUGAGUCCUACUACAACUCAUUACAGGUACAUCUGUGGAUGUGUCCAUAGUUCAUAUGGGUAUGCCUGGUGGAUGCGAUCACUAUCUAGUUCUUUUUGAAUUCCUUUUCUGAAGAUGCCAGAGAGAUUUUGUUUUUGGUUAAAUGGAAAGUGAUCUCUUUUCAAUGUAAACAGACUGCUGUAGCUGGAGAUGUUUUCACUUGCUUGUUGGAAGAGGUCUAAGCUUUAGCCUGUGAGUUUUUCUAAGAAAGCUGUUCCUCUUUAAUCUUCGUUUUAUAGGCUCUGGCUUUCUUUUAUGCAUUAGGUGACUGGUCAGUCUUUUAAACUUGUGUAGCCACUUAUUGCUCAAAGUUGCUUCCAUAGUGUCAGGUUAGAGCAGACAAUUUGAAUUAUUAUGUUCUCGUAUCGGUCUGGUGGUGCAGUGGUUAGCAUCUGUCAACAAUACAAUGAAGAUUGGCUGUCCUGGGUUCAGAUCUUUCCUCACACAUUCUGUUCUUUCUUUUUUGAAUGUGGCAUCUGUUUACAGGGCCAGAUGCUUUGCCAGGAUAUAGCCUUAGUUGCUGGCUCAGCAUAAAACAUCAAUUUCCUCCUCCUAAUUUGCCUUGACUUGGUGUAGUGUGAUUAGUUUCAAAUCCAAGAUAUUUUACUGCAUGUGUCAUAAUUUGUGAACUAGAUUAUUUUCUUUGCCAUAAGUGUAAGGCUUAGUCAAGCUUAUGAUUGGCACAAUGUGCUAUAUUUCAGGUUGUUAUCCUCUUUGGUAAGAUUAGUAUUUCAGGUUAUUGGUUGUUCUUUUUGGCUGUAUAGUACUAAAUCACAGAGCUUGGACCCAGCUCUAGUUUCCUAGAACAAUCUUAUUUCAUUCACGUUUCACAUUCCACUUGCCAUUUAACAUUUUUUUAUUUCUCAAGAGGUGGUUAAUCUUAGUGCAGAGAAAUUUAAUUGUUUUUACAUGACACUGCAAGCGACACCACAGCUGUGUCAAGAUGGCCUUAUCAGAUAUUAAAUGUCUGACAGUACACAACUCCACACUAAGGGAAAUAAACACAUAUCCAAAGCUUAAAGUUCUAUCACAGGGCAUUUCUUCCCACAUUAUUGGGCGGAGCUCAGGACAAGAGUUUCCAAUAUGUGACUAGCUCCCUUGUUUUCUCAUGAAACGAGCCUGCAAACAACCCCAUGCAAAGAGAGAGAUAAAAACAGUGGCAUUAUGAAUCUUGAUAAAUACAUCUUAUUAACCUUUGGUCCUUGCUGCCCUGUAGUCAAAAGACUAUGAGCUGAGCUAAUCCCCUCUGAACUUUAAACGGUGAUAUAAGCAUGUCCAUGUAUAUAUGCAACUAUCUGCAUUAUGCAACAAUUGCUUCUGUACACUCUCCAGUCCAGAGUGAACAGUAUAAGCUUAUUUUUCUUGUUAUGUGGAUAGAAGACUUUCUUGUCAUUUUUUUGGUCUUAAGAACCCUGUUUAAAUGUAAUUUGUUUUUUACCUACCAAGUGUUAGUAAACAUGUCUUUAUCAAACCCUUAGACCAGCGGUUCUCAACCUUUACUUGUGACACCCCCCCCCCCCCCCCCCCCCGACGAACAAAGCACGUCCGUGCGCCCCCCUUAGCCAGCAAUGUAAGCUAAUUUCACUAAUACCGGUAUAAGAAAUUUAAAAAAAAUGAUCACCUUCGAGCCCCCUUGUAAGCGCGCCCCAGUUUGAGAACCGCGGCCUUAGACAAUAACUCUAGAGGUCCUGACAAGUUGGACUGUGUGCUGUUGGGAUUCAAAGAUCUCUUCCCUCAUCAGUGUCAGCAGGCCAUGUCUCUGUUCUUAGUUUCUGGUGAACUGUACAGUCCAGCAAAAAGCUUUUUUUUUAAAAACUGGAUACAGGGAUUUUCUGUAUGACAAGAAUGUACAGGUCAUAUGAUAGUUGACAAAGUCUGCUAGAAGUUUUUUUUCUGAGUAGGAGUAUGUUUAGUCAAAAAAAUACAUUUAAGCGGAUCUAAUUCCCUCUGAACUUUAAAGAGUUAAAUAGUUGCCAACAAUUAAAUUGCUGAUUAGCUUAUUGUCUCUUCAGGUGCAAAAUCCUGAUUUUGGUGUUUGACUUGAAAGUUGUACCUUUUCAUGGUUCUUAAAAAAGAGUAAAGUUUAUUUGCCUGAAAAAUUCAAAGGGUUCUAAAGUCAAAAUGCAUAGUACUGGCUGUGUAAUGACCCUAACAUGACGGAAGCAUAUUUUCGCUACAUGUAACACACCUUUUUCUCUUUAUAAGUCUUAGAACUUGUGCCUUUUUUUGUGUGCUUUCAUUUCAUUCCCAAAUAGCAUGUGCAUAAUUUAUUUAAUUAAAAAUACUUUGCAACACUUUUAACAACUUUUUGAUGUCUUGGAAACUAGGGAUAGAAAGUAUGGGAUUCACUUAGAGUACUCCUGUCAAAAUAUUGAUCUUGCAUCAUAGUAGCCUUUUAUGAGUAAAUAAAUGACAGUGGCACAUAGUUUUGAUACAUAAAGUUUAUACAGCAUGAUGUAUCAAAGUUUAUAGCUUUAUCAAGGACUUUAUUAAAGUGUGUACAUAAGUAUUUAAUAAAUACUGUAUAAUGUAUUUAUAGUAUUACCAGAAAAUAUUUUGGUCUCAUCCAAUCAUAUCACCUUUAGAUAUAUAAUUAGAUUAUUAUAUAUGAAGAGACCAUAAUCUUGAAAUCUACUGUAAAGGGUAUUUACAGUGCUCUGAAAAAUAUUUAUUCCCAGAAUAUAUCUUUAGACAUAAUUGUCCAUAGUAUAUAAAGAGAAUAUAGUCUUGAAACACACUGCAUCUUUAAAUGUGCAUGGAGAAUUUGUAUUUGAAGCAUUAUUCAUCAACUUUACUGUGUAGUAAUGGCAAAGGAUGUAUGUAAAGGAGAUUUGUUCUUGUGUUAAAACUGUUACUAAUGUCAUAAUGAGAGAGCACAUAAACUGUUCUAGGUGCAUGAAUGUGAGAGUUGAAAAUCACUUUCAAAAUUGUAGCCGUAAAGUGCAGGUUUUAACUCUCUUUCUUCAUCAUGUUCUCUCUCUCACACACACAGUUGUGAUAUUCAUAGGCAAUGGUUAAUGACAGCAAUGAUUAUGGCAUUCCUUAAGAUAAAUUUUUAAAAAAUCAUGAUUCAUGUGUAUGGUAAAUUUGCUUAAGUGUACCUUAUUAUUCUUAAAUGCUUUAAACUUGAUGGAUUUUUAGAAAAAGUUUCUCUCAGGUGUCAUUAAAAUUAUGUGUUGAAACCAAGACUAAUUUUCAGUCAAUAUUUUUGCAUGAAAAAAAUAACAAACUGUGCAAGUGAAGGUUUUUGAUUAUCUUCAAAGAUGAUUAUUUUGAAGAGACUUAAUAAAUGCAUUUAAAGCAUGCAGUUUUUGUUAUGAAUGCUGGAAACUAUUUUUUUUAGCCCUUUCUUAAUCCAAUCUGACAAGUAAUUUCAUUAUCAAUAUUACAAAUCCUUCAUACAGAUGAGAUCUUGCAUUAUAUGUUAGGUCUUUCAUGACGAGCAGUAAAAUGCAAAACUUUUCUUUGUUGCAGUCUUAAUGCUCUGCAAUCAUUAAUGUUCAAAAUGCAAAAUAUGACUAGUUUUUGGUUUCAGGUUUUGCAGGUUGGGUGAGGCAGUUGUUUUUACAAUUUUCUUGUCAUAAACCCAAGACAUGCAGCAAGAAAUCUUGGUGAUCUAUUUGAUGCAUUAGCCAAGAGUUUUGUUUUGGCAGCAGAUUUUCCAGGAAUACUUUUUGUGCUGUUUUCAGUGCCACCCAUAUUUUGAGACAUACCUUCGCCUUAAACGCCUUUACACAAUAUUUGUGGGGUUUGUUUCUCCUUAAUGCAUACAUUACUAAACUGUCUUGUUUCACUGUCUUGUGCCAUAGGCUUGUACACUUUUGCACUGCGGACUGGCACUUGUCUGUCCUGUUAAAGGUCUUCCAAUCACCAAGAAAAUUUUGGAGCAUAGUAGACCCAAAGGGAUGUGAGAGUCAUCUGAGUAAUAAUAAAAUUUUGAGUAAUUAACUUCAUUGAUAAUGUUGACUUCAUUUACUAAUGAGAUGAAUUCUUAUGCACAAUGUUUUUAUUGUGUAUUCAUUCACCAGCUGAAAAAGAAAUCUAGAUAUAUUUUAUGGGAGAAAAAGAUUUGUGCAGUUGACUGUUGAAAUCUGUUACAUUCCAAAUAAAUACUGUUUUUAACAUUUUACUUUUAGAUGAAAAUAUCGCAUAUUUGUUACAUGAUAGAUCUCAGAUCUCUAUAUCUUUUAGGGGGAAAUGAUAAGUGGUUGACAAUAUACCAUGUGUUAAUUAUUUUGGUAGCAAAAUAUUCACAUCCACAUUGUCCUUCUCUUUCAUUCCCAUGAUUUAAGCAAAAAAUGAAUAAAUUAUUAUCAUAUGA